GUGUGCAAUUACCGCCCUGCCCUGCCGGCGGUACGAGCAGAUCGGAGCGCCUUUGCCCCCGCCGCUCUCCCGAGGAAGAGUGUUUGGCGUUUCGGGGACACGCCGUGCUAAGGAGCACAACAAACGUUUGAAAAGCAGACGGUUUAGUGCAUUAAACACAACGUGAAAGUGAGAAGAUAGAGACUAGAGUGAGAAAAUAGAGACUAAGGCAGAUGUGCCCUUGAAAGUCUUCCCUAGGAUUCUUCUGAGCCGGAAUGGAUCAGAAGCAGUGCACAGCUGUUAUUUCAUUUUUCACUGCUGGUGCAUGCCUCUUCGUUGCGUUUGUAUAUUUCUUUUUGUUAGUCACCUCUUCAGCGUUCAAAAAAAGAAACGACAGAAUAGUGUGGUCCUAAUAAAUUUUGCUGUCAGUAUCAGCAUGAUUUAUGCAUGUUGUAGUCAUCCAUGCUAAUAGGUAACGCUCCGAGACUAUUUCAUUUUACAGCAUCCUGGAGACAGUUACUAAUUACAUUUCUCAUCACCCUGUGAAGGGGUAAACAGUAGCAGCUUUGCAAAGUAUCAGAGCAGUUCUGCCAGUUCAGAUGGGACUGUCCGCCUACUGAAAUCCUUUGCAGAAUAUGUGCCUUCGUAGAUCAGCAAAUUGAGGUGAGGUUAACCAACUUGCUCAAGGUCAUGGAGUGUCAGUGACAGAGUUAGCAAUAAUGGAAUCCAGCCAUCCUGGCUGCUGGGUCUGUUGCUCUCCUGAUGGGUGACUCUCCCAGAUAAUUGCAGGUAGUUUAAACAUUGUUUUGCGUAAGCGCACGUUGAGGCCUUCAAAACAUUUUGGAGAAACAAAAUGCUAAUGGAUCAUCUUCAGAUCCCGUGCACCAUUUGCAUGUGUCUUAGAGUGAUUGCUCAGCUUGACACAGGAGGGAAUUUUGAAGGAGACUUUGUAGUUUAUUUUGUAAAUAGGCGCUCAAAAGGCAUCAGUCUUUACUGAGUAUGUAGUGUAUAAAAACUCAGUGUAGAUUUAGGGGGUAGAUCAUGAGAUGUAACAAACAUAGAUUACAAUGUAAUUAGACAGUUUUUAAAAGAAGAAUGUGGACACUAUGACCGUAAGGAGGUUUUCUUCUGAAUAAAGUGUUUACCUGAUGACAUUCUAUAGUUAUUUGGAGUUGCUGGGAAGAAAAACAACAACAAAUGCGCUGAGAAGCCAUGGUGAUGAGGCUGCUGGAAGUUAAAAUGGGAAUAAAAAAGUUCCUCAGCUGGUUUAUUUAUUCAGCAGGUACUUGUUAAGUAAAAGCAAAUCACAAUCGGGGUUAUUUCUGACCCUGGAGAGAAGUUAUGUUUCACUUCGUGUUUUUCUCUGUCGAGUUAAAUUUAUGAAGAAAGGGAUUUCAAAGGAAAUGCUGGCAGAUCUGUGCUAUUGUGACACCAGCAGUAUAUAUUUAGUAACUUCAGGGAGGAAAGAUCUUUAUUGUGCUGAGAAAAUGCCAGCGACAGCUGUUUGUCUGGACUUCAGAGAGCACUGGGAAGUGAGCUGGUGUUGUUCAGGUGUUACACCCUGGCCUGUGUCCUGUAACCAGCGUUACCUUUGACAGAUCCCUGCUCCUGCAGGAACUCCAUCAGCAGUGCUGAGAAAAGCCCAUCUGUGCAGUGCAGGUCAUGGAGCUGAGACCACAGGUCCAGGGUUGAUACAGAUUUAUGUUGGGCGAGUAAUUGUGGUGACUAUUGACCACAAAGUUUAGUGGUCACGGUGCAGAAGAGAGGCUGCUGAGUUUCUUUUAAAUGAACUGGCGGGGCUGUGUGACCUUAUUCUGACCAUGAGAGCUGCUGUGGGGUUAAUCUGGGCAGGGAGGUUGUGGAGAUACAUGUUCACUCUGUAAAAGUGUUCACAGUUUCUUGUUGAUGCAAAAGGUGUGGUGUUAUCAGUACUAAACGGUCAUGUCUCCCCAGCAUGUGUGUGGUUUAUAAAUCAGUCUUUGGGAAAAGUGCUUUUGCUGAUGUUGCUUGGUGAGAUGUCCCAGCAAGGUGACUUCUAAGCUAAAACUGUUGUCUCAAAAAGGAAAAAGGAUGCUGGUUGCUUGCCUAGGAAUUCAUAAAUUUAUAUUCUGAAUGACACUGCUAUGUCAGCAAACAUGUCUACUGUAGGCCUGGGUUUGCCAGAUGUUCCUUUUGCCAGUUUGGGCGGUAACUCCUCGUGCAGCCAAGUUAAAUAAGAAAAGGAAGCAAUAACGGGAUAUACUUUUUAAAGAUUGGUGGCUUUCCGUGUGCAGGUUGUGGAAUCCUGGGAGGUUUGCACGCUGUUUUCAACGGAUGUGUGAGAAAAAUGAGCCUGUUGAUAGGCUUAGUGAUCCAUUCCUCCACUGAUACUGUCAUUUGUGGAGUUUUGGACACUAAACACUCGCCACUGGCUGAGCUGAAGAAACUGGAGAUGUGGUAUGAAGCCAGGAAUUGGAAUGAAACAUGUACAGGGUUUAAAUAAAAAACUAAAGCAUCAAAAUAAUAUUGAUUAUUAUAAAUAAUAUUUAAAUCUUUUAUUAAAUAUUGUCACUUAAGAUAUGUAGCAGUAGCUCGCUGUUGGUUGUAUGGUAGUUUGAAACAUUUAUUCAAGAAAAAAAUCCCUUUUGUUAACACAAAUUGCCUAUAUUUCUUUUACACACAACAUACACAGUGCACAUAUGUAUGAGACCCAGAGAUUCCAAUGUACUCUUACUGCAUGCUGUAUUGAGCUAAUUUUGGUUAAAAAAAAUAAGUCAUUCUUAAUCUUCUACCUAUGAGAAGCAUCAAAAGAAGUUAAUUUGUAAUUCUACUUGCUGGCAGUGUUUCCACAUUAGCUCUUCAUAUAGUCCUGAUAUGUUUGAAUGGAACAAUGAACCUCACUUUGCAGUAGUACAUAAACUUGUAAAAGAAAUAACGCUUACACUUGGUGUACAAGAAUUUGUUGAUUCUUCUGAAACAAAAGGGAUUCACCAAAAUUCUAAGCACUUACAGAGCCAUUUCUUUUUCUAGUCUUUUCUUAAUAAGGUAACAGAACGUUAGCUUGGAACACUAUCAUUGGGGAUAUGUUUUCAGAAUAUUAUUAGUAGCAUUUCAGUGAAGUGGAAACAGACUUGUACUCUUGAAAGAAACUGGAUCUUGGGGAAAGACAUUCUGGUGAGAUCCGUGAAUUUAAAUUCUACAGGGUUAAUUUGCUGUUUUAAUAAAUAAAUAAAUUUAAAAACUUAGUUUGUGAAUAAGAAUCGGAGCCUGUAAAUCUGAUGGUGUGACAGAUACACUCUAGUAAACACAUGAACCUGUGUCAUGUUUCAAGUAUGAAACCUGUAUCUGAUGCUUGGAAAUGUGAUCAUCAUGAUGUUUAGAAUGCAGAAAUAAGCAUUUGGUUUUGAUUGUUCAUAAUGCUUGGGCUAUUCACUGCUAGAAAGUUCAGAAACUAAGUUUUAAGGUGCAGUGAAACCAGUUUAUUGGACUGGAGAACAGCUGAAAUGUACCUUGUUUAUAAAACUUCACUGGAAGUGGAAAUGACAGCUAAUGAGUCAGUAGGAACUUUUCGUUCUUUUAAUAUUUUCUACUGUAAAGUUAAACGUCAAAGGACACCUUCAGUUUGAUAAUUAACCUACAAGAGCUGCAAUAAAACAUGACGUUCUUGGAGGGUGGGAGAAGACUUUGUUCUGUCUGUCAUGUGUCAAGUCAGUGAAUUGCCAAAAUGCUUUGGAAUUCUUAAACGAUUCAAAAACUGAAGUCUCUGAGGAUUCAAAAUCAUAAGAACACAAGAAGCAGCAAGGAGGAUUCAGUGCCAAUGCAGCAACAAAAAAGACAGCCAGAGUUAGUGGAAGGAAAUCUUCCUGUUUUUGUUUUUCCUACAGAACUUAUAUUUUAUGCAGAUGACCAGUCAACACACAAGCAGGUGUUGACUCUAUAUAACCCCUAUGAGUUUGCCUUAAAAUUCAAAGUUCUUUGUACAACCCCAAAUAAAUAUGCGGUGGUUGAUGCUACUGGUGCAGUGAAGCCUCAGUGCUGUGUUGAUAUUGUGAUUCGUCACAGAGAUGUUCGGGCUGCUUACUAUGGUGUGAUAGAUAAAUUCCGUCUACAAGUGUCUGAGCAGAGCCAGAGGAAAGCAUUAGGGAAAAAGGAGAUUAUUGCUACUCUGCUUCCAUCUGCAAAGGAACAACAACAACAAAAGGAAGAGGAGGAAAAACGAAUAAAAGAACACCUGGCUGAAAGUGUCUUUUUUGAGCAGACUUUGUGUCAACCAGAAAACAGAACUGCCUCGUCGGGACCUAGUUUACUAACAGUCUUCCUGGGAGUAGUGUGUGUCGCAGCACUAAUGCUACCUACAUCGGGGGAAAUGGAAUCCCUGGUGCCUCUCUACCUCCACUUAAGUGUGAAUCAAAAGUUAGUAGCUGCUUAUGUUUUAGGUCUCAUCACCAUGGUUAUUUUGAGAACAUGAGCAGUGAGUUCAUAGGAUGUCAAACACCUUACUGUAUAUUCACAUCAUGAAUGUGGACUGCCUUUUACUCCCAUUUGGCUCAUUAAGAUGCUAGCAAAACUGUUCAGUGAUUUAAGAUACCUUCAGAAGUGUAAUAUAUUUUAACUGUGUAUAAUAAAUGAAAGACUCAAAGCACUUUGCGGUGCUUCUGUAACAGACAGCUAUGAAAUGUUCAGUGAUACCUGUGAAAAUAAUUUGAAAAACUUUUAUAUCUACGCCUACUGUAAAAAAUCCUUAUUAAAGCAACAUUUGUUAUUUUUAGUCUAUGUUCACAUCAGUGCGUGAUCACUAUAAAAGCAAACUGUCUUCUGUAAAACGUUCAUUUGGUUUGUGGUUGUACCUGCCAAGGCUGGCACAUAACACUUCUGUAUACAGUCCAGAGGGGUCAGAGUCGUGACUGGUCAUUGAAGAAAAUGAAAAGUUCCAUCAGUGAAACUAUGAAAUAAACCAUGAAUUUUAGGUGAAGAAGUAAUUCUCAAAUUUCUUACUUCAUCAUUACCAAUAUAUCACUGAGUGCUCGUUUUCUUACUUGGGGAAGUAAUUUCUGCAAGAGCCAUUUUGUAUCACAAUUGUAGACAAUAAAAACAAGUUCUGUAAUCAGAUCCCUCCAUUUCUUAGGGGUGCAUGGAAGUGACAUUAACAGAAGUUAAACUCACGCUGCACACUAAUACAAAAUUCACCAUUUUUUUCUAUUUUAGAGACCAAACUAAGUAUAGCAGCAAAGGCAUUUCUCUACACAGUCCCUACCCCCACAGCUACCACAGGGACUUGUUUUCUGUCAGAAACUCCUGCUCAAAUACCAGUUUCAUAUUUGAGGUGAACAUUUAUCUUGUUUCAUAUAACAAGUAUUUCCCUUGGUUUGGCAUUUCAGUGUUGAGAUGUUAAUUUUAAAAGGGCAGCUAUUCUUGCAUUUGAAUCAUACACACAAAUCUUUGUUCAUAAGAAGUCUAUAGAAUAUGCUCUGAUAUGAAUAAAAAAUUUGGAAAUGAAA